GCUUACACAUAGAGGUGGUAACAUACUCCAUCAGGGGAGCCGCUAAGCCUGAUAAGUAGAAAACAGGCAAAGUGUACCUGGCCACUACCUGUACCUCCACCUUAGUAGCUGGAGCUGUUCAGCCACCUUUCAGCCUGAAAGACUCAUUUUUAAAUGCUGUUAAAACGUGCAAGCAGCUUCCCCCAGCACUUCACUCCUCCCCAUGACGAGGUAUUUGCCAGAGGGAGGGUUCCAGGAAAGCAGAGCCACUUUUUUCCCCAGUUGCUGCCCUAGUCUCCAAACGUCUGAAAUGCACACGCUCUGCAGUUUCGGGGGCAGUAAGUAAGAUAAUCAGAUCAGCAGGGCAGCUCGGAGCUACGAGCAGCCACCAGGGGAAUCCAGUGAGGAGCACGCAGCUAGCUAACGUGUAAAUAAAGAAGGCACGAAGCAGCGGAGCUGCGCUGUGCAGGCAUUGCAUUCAGCUACAUGGCUGUGCAGAUGCUAACGAAAUGCAGCCUCGUGUGAGACCGGGGGUGUGACGGGGGCUGCUGCUGUUGUAACCCACCAGGGAAGGCUGUGUAGCCAUCAUUUGUAAACUAAUAACGGAACAAAGUUUGCUUCAGCUGCUGCCGGGUCUGCUCAGCUAGCCACAGCCAUGGCCAGAAACACCUCAUUAUAUUUUAGGAUCGUUGAAGGGAAAAAUCUGCCUGCCAAAGAUGUGUCCGGCACCAGUGACCCGUACUGCAUAGUGAAGAUAGACAAUGAAGUUGUAGCGAGGACAGCGACAAUAUGGAAAAACCUGAAUCCAUUUUGGGGUGAAGAGUACACUCUACAUCUGCCCAUGGGCUUCCACAACUUGUCCUUCUAUGUUAUGGAUGAAGACACGAUUGGGCAUGAUGAUGUCAUUGGAAAGAUCUCCCUUACCAAGGACUACCUCACAGUUUUUGCACCUGGUGUUGACAACUGGAUAAAUCUGUCCCGAGUAGAUCCAGAUGAAGAAGUACAGGGAGAGAUUCACCUGGAUAUAAGCAUUGUGUCCCAGGCACAAAACAAGGUGCUUCGCUGUCACAUGAUUGAAGCCAGGGAUCUUGCUCCAAGGGAUAUUUCCGGAACUUCAGACCCUUUUGCAAGAGUCCUUUUCAAUAACAGGACAGCGGAGAGUUCUAUUAUAAAGAAGACCCGCUUCCCUCACUGGGAUGAAGUCUUGGAACUGCCAGUGGAUGAGACUAGCUUUGCUGAGGGUAUGAUUGCAACGAUUGAGCUAUGGGACUGGGACAUGGUGGGAAAGAAUGACUUCCUUGGCAAGGUAGAGUUCUCCGUGGAUAGCCUCGAGAAUGCCACUAUCUCCAAAGGCUGGUUCAGGUUGAUGCCAUAUGGAAAUGCAGAGGAUGACGCUGGAGGUAAACUAGGGGCUCUACGACUGAAGAUCAGAUUGGUGGAAGAGCGAAUUUUGCCAUCUAUGUACUAUAGACCAUUGAUUGACCUUCUUGUUGAGUCGGUAACCUCUCCAAGUGAUGCCAAAGAUGUCACACCUCUCACCAUGUUAGAAGAAGUCUGCACAAUGGAGAGCCGGCAAGAAGUUGCUCUGACAUUAGUGAAGAUAUUUCUCGGGCAAGGCCAUGUUGUUCAAUUUUUAGACUAUCUCAACAUGAAAGAAGUCACUAAAACAACAGACACAAACACACUGUUCAGGUCUAAUUCACUGGCUUCAAAAACUAUGGAACAGUUUAUGAAGAUAGUUGGAAUGCCGUAUCUUCAUGAGGUUUUGAAGCCUCUCAUAAACCGCAUUUUUGAGGAGAAGAAAUAUAUUGAGCUUGACCCCUGCAAGAUUGAACUAAACAGAACCAGGAGAAUUUCUUUUAAGGGUUCUCUUUCUGAGGCUGAUGUCCGUGAGUGCAGCUUGGAGUUGCUCCAGUCCUACCUAACAGACAUCAUUGAUGGCAUUGUAGGGUCCGUAGAGCACUGUCCACCAAUCAUGAGGCUGGUUUUCAAGCAGUUACAUAAGAGGGUUGAGGACCAGUUUCCAGAGCCUGAGAACGAGGAUGCCAAAUAUCUGGCCAUAAGUGGCUUCUUUUUCCUGCGUUUCUUUGCCCCUGCAAUUCUCACUCCCAAGCUCUUCAGCCUGCGAGAUCAACAUGCAGAUACAAGGACAAGCCGCACGCUGCUUCUACUGGCCAAGGCAGUUCAGUGUAUUGGCAAUCUUGGUCUACAGCUCGGCCAUGGCAAAGAGCAGUGGAUGGCUCCUCUUCAUCCAUUUAUUCUGCAGAGCAUCAGUGGUGUGAAGGACUUCCUCGAUAAAUUAAUAGACAUUGACAGUGAAACAGUUAUAGAGGGUCAACACCGGGCCGUCUUCCAUCCUUCAGUUAUUAUCAAGGAAGGAUAUCUGCACAAGAGGAAAGCAGAAGGGAUGAACCUAGUCACACGUUUCACCUUCAAGAAGCGUUAUUUCUGGCUGAGCACAGAGACACUCUCUUAUGCCAAGACUUCUGAUUGGCAGGUCCGUUCUUCCAUUCCUGUUCAGCGGAUCUGUGCUGUAGAACGAGUUGAUGAAAAUGCUUUUCAGCAGCAGCAUAUGAUGCAGAUCAUAACACAUGACAACGAGGGACAGUUUCAUAUUAUGUAUAUCCAGUGUAAGAAUGUAAAUGAACUUAAUCAGUGGCUAUCAGCAAUCAGAAAAGCCAGCAUAUAUAAUGAGCGAAUGCUUCCUUCCUUCCACCCUGGUGCUUACAAAGGUAGCCGAUGGAGCUGCUGUUUGCAGACGGACAAGUCAGUUCGUGGCUGUAGUCGGACACAUUCUGCAGUGACACUUGGUGACUGGAGCGAUCCCUUAGAUCCAGAUGCUGAAGCACAGAUGAUAUAUCGGCAGCUGCUGUCAGGCCGAGACAAACUCAGGAAGAAAUACAUUGAAUCUUCAGAUGCAGGAACCAUGGGCAACCAGGAAGGCAAAGUGCAUAGCAGAGAUGGCAGAGAAGGAAAAAGUCGAUCUUUCCAUGAACGUCGGAUGGCUGCAGCUGCUCAGUUACUGGAUGUCAUUCGAGAUCUGGAGCGAGCACAUCAAGCAUUUGAGCGCAGGGAGAAAGAAGAGUCAGCCAAUGAGAUGCAAUUUACUUAACACACCUAUCUCCUAAGCGGGAAGGAUAGUCACAUGCUGUUUUUGCCCCCCUGUAAAGGGUAUGUUAUCCCUAUGGGGAGCACCAUCUGAAAUGUAAUCACAUGGUCGAGUGCUAAAAGUGAUUUCCAUGGUCUGUGGCCUGUUUCUGUGUUCCAGCAGACUGGAUUUUGUGCAACAGCUGGUGUUCUGUGUGACUGGCACUUUUGUCGUGUAUGUCUCUGCAAAAGUGCUCUGCUUAUGGCUUGCAGGUGUUUCCAGGAUAUGGUACAUCAUGUAUGUUGCUCAAGGAGUCAUCUACAAAGUACACUUUAAGAACAACAUGUUACACAAAUGCCAAACAAAACUUGGCAGUUGUUAUUGACUGAUGAAAGCAGUAGUGAUGGACACCUCUACAUUCUUUAUGCCUGCAGUCGGGCUGUUUCUGUUAAUAGGUACAGAUGCUGUGAACAGUUUCUACAUGAAACAUCAUAAAACAGAAUGAAAAGAUGAAUUCUACAAGUGUAACUAACGAUUGCUGCAUUACUUGGUAGAGGGAGUUGCAUUAAAUGACAUUCCCUAGUCUUGC